AUGCUACCCUCUCACAAUGGUGCAAGAAAGGAUAAAUUAGAAUUCCUUCCCUGUACUUCAUAUAUCUCAUGUGGACAAGGAAAAUUUUAUAACGAUUCGUACUGUUCGCCAGUUGAAGGCAGUCAAAAAAAAUUUUGCUGUGGUGCGUUAGUGCUCCUCACUUAA